AUGCAAUUGAAGAGCCUCGUGUUGCUGGCUGCCGCUGCGGCGGCGGCGACUGAGUUCCCCGGUGCUCACCGUCCCGGCUCGCCAGAGUCAAUCAAGAACCUCAAGGACAAGAUCAAGAACGUCGUCAUCAUGGUCCUGGAGAACCGCUCCUUUGACAACCUGCUGGGCGGCCAGACGCUGCCGGGCCUGGAGAACCCGAUUCAGGCCGGCCCCUACUGCAACCCGCUCAACAUCAGCCGGCCGGAGUCGGGCACCGGCUGCGCGGAGCCGCUUGACUUUGACUCCAUCAUCAAUGACCCGGACCACUCCAUCUCCGGGAACAACCUCGAGUUUUACGGGUCGUUUACGCCAGACAAUGCCGCGAUCAAGGCGGGCAGGCUCCAGCCGAACAUGAGCGGCUUCCUCACGGAGCAGAUCCGGCUCUAUGGCAAGAAGCAGAAGGAGGAAGUUCUCCAGACGCAGGUCAUCAACUACUACACGGAGAGCCAGGUGCCAGUCAUUACCGCGCUGACGCAAAACUUUGUCGUCUUCAACCACUGGCACUCUGACGUCCCGGGUCCUACCAACCCUAACCGCGUGGCCCUGUGCUCGGGCACCUCGGCUGGCAAGGGCAAGAACAACUUCCAGUACAACACGAUGACGCAGCGGUCCAUCUUCCAGGAGGUGACGGAGCUAGGCCUGGAGUGGAAGGACUACCUGGUGGACACGUCGAUCCAGGACGCUCGGUGGUUCACCUGGACAUACUCGAGCAACAACACGCACCGCGUCGUCUUCAUGGACUCGUUCUACGAGGACGCGCGCAAGGGCCAGCUACCGCACCUGGCCUACAUCAACCCGUCGUGCUGCGGCGAGGGCACCAACUCGAUGCACCCGACGGGCCGGGUGUCGGACGGCGAGCAGCUGCUCAAGGACGUGUACGAGGCGCUGCGGGCGAGCCCGCAGUGGAACGAGACGCUCUGGGUCAUCACCUUUGACGAGACGGGCGGCUUCCACGACCACGUGGCGCCGCCGCGGGCGCCCCGCCCGGACAACCUGACGCACACGGAGACGACGCCGACGGGCGGCGACUACACGUUCGCGUUUGACCGGCUCGGAGGGAGAAUGCCGACGUGGCUGGUGUCGCCGUGGGCGGCGCCGGUGGUCGAGCAGCGGGGAGUCAACGCGUGCGGAAAGACGGUGUCGUACCAUGCGACGUCCAUCCUCCGCACGCUGGGCUACCUCUGGAACUUUGCGCCGUACAACCCGAGGGUGAGGGACGCGCCGUCGUUUGAUCACUUGAUUGGGACUGAGCUGCGGACGGACACGCCCGAGGAGUUUCCGACGGUGUCGCAGGGAUGGUUGGAGGGAGGGAGGGGAGGGAGGUAG